CAGCAAUACAACGAUGUGACUGAAGAUGGCUUCCUCUGAUAAGAAAUUCCUCCUGACAGGAGCUCAAACCGAUGCUUUGUCUAAGGUGUUCAAGUUUGCUGAUGUUGAGGAGACUGGGUAUGUUGAUGUGGCAACAAUCUCAACUCUUGCUGUACAACUACUGGGAGCUCAGCUUAGUGAAAAUGAGAAAGAAACAAUAAAUAGUAAAGCAGAGAGCAAGGCUGACAAAGGGUUACUUUCUUACCAGAACUUUAUAGAGAUCAUGAUGGAGACAAUGCAGGCUAUGACACAUUGGGGAAAGUUGAAGACAGUUCUAGAAGGUUAUGUUGGUUUUGAUACAGUGCAGGAGCAAAUCCGCAAAAAAUCUCUCAAAAGAGGAUUUGAAUUUAAUCUCAUGGUUGUUGGUGCAACAGGCCUUGGUAAAUCAACCAUGGUGAACACUUUGUUUAAAGGAAGAUUGAGUAGAAUAUCUUCCACUGGAGCCACCCCCUGUAUUCCCAAGACUGUUGAAGUCAAAUCAGUGAGUCAUGUCAUUGAGGAGAAAGGAGUAAGACUAAAACUUACCAUCACAGACACACCUGGGUUUGGUGAUCAGAUCAAUAAUGAAAGUUGCUGGGACCCAAUCCUGCAGUUCAUAAAUGAACAGUACAACAAAUAUUUGAAAGAGGAAACUAGCAUCAACAGAAAGCCUCGAGUUCCAGAUAGCAGAGUUCACUGCUGUCUGUACUUUAUUGCACCAACUGGCCACAGGUUGAGGCCCAUUGAUGUGGAAUUCAUGAAGAGAUUAGACAAGUGUGUCAAUAUUGUGCCAGUGAUUGCAAAGGCAGACACACUAACUGUUGAAGAACGUGAAGCCUUCAGAAGGAGGCUGCGGGAGGAUAUAGAGAAAAAUCGCAUUAAUAUCUACCCAGUUCUUAAUCGACAUGACUUGGAUGAAGAAGAAGCUAGGACAACGUCAAGAAUAAGGGAUCAGCUGCCCUUUGCUGUAAUUGGUAGUGAUCGAUACGUCACUGUGUCAGGAAAGCCAGUUCUUGGAAGGAAGACAAAAUGGGGCCUCAUUGAAGUUGAAAACAAGAACCACUGUGAAUUUUCUCAGUUACGAGACAUGUUAAUCAAAACACACAUGCAAGAUUUAAAGGAGGUCACAGAUAACAUUCAUUAUGAAAAUUAUCGCCGCAAACAUCUGACAGAGGAGAAACACGAACAAGUGGUUCUACAAAACAAUGUAGUGAACAUGGAGGACGUCAUGGGUCAGGAGAGUAAAAUUUAAAAGAGGCAUGAGAGCAGAAGAUUUUUUACUAGAAAUUCUCGGUCAUAUCAGACUCAAGAAAUAUUUACAACUAAUGUAAGAUGUUUGCUAUUCAAUAUAUUAAUAAUUUAGUCUUUGUUACAAUUGUCGAAAAUUGAUGCGUUAAGUUUUCAUAGUGCACUAUGCAUUGAGAAACUCUCUCGCAAUGGUUUGUACAAAAUGGUGCAGCUAGCUUUCUCUAUCCCUAUUGUAUUAAUGUAUUGGAAUCUACAAUGACUUGGAAUUCGAAAUUUUGGUUCUGACUCCUUUGGCUACUUAGAUUAAAAAGUUAUUGAUAUCAACAAUUCCAAACAAUCUAAGCUUGUUAUUAAUAGCGUUUUUUUCUAAAUAAAUUAAACUUAAAGUUUUUUCUUCAAUAAAAACGCAAAUUUCAAUACGUAAA